AUGUUGUGUAGUAACAGCAGAUUUGAUUACUUUCAGAUUAAUCUAAUAAUUACUAUUAGAGUAGUGUAUGCUCUACAGACUACAAGACCAGUUCGAGAUGGACCAUGGCAUGCUAAAGUCAUAACUGGUUUAAAGUCAAUUAUCAUCUUAACACCACUAUUAGGAACCAGUUGGGUUUUAGGUGUAUUUUCAUUGAGUGAGGAAACUAAGGCUUUCCAAUACAUAUUCACUGUCCUCUGCUCCUUUCAGGGAUUCUGUGUAUUUUUAACUCAGAUUCUCCUGUGUGAAAAGGUAAGAAAAGCACUUGGCAGAAAAUACCCCAGAAUUGCAGCAUUCUGUAAAAGAUUACUACAAGGUUCAGGCACACAGAAAAUGAAGAUAGGAUUUCCUUUGAUAGAUAUUAAAGCUGCACAGAAGGAGACCGAUUCAACUGCUGCAUCACUUGAAACCUCCGGAAUUCCCAUUUAUAUGACCAACCACAACACGAAUAUUUAA